GCCAUCGUCAAAAAAAUCCUCAUCGCCAUGGCCGCAGCAACUCGCACUUUCCUCGCCUUCCAGCAUAAUGCAAAACUCCACCAUCUACAGACCGUGGUAGCGAGGGUUCAGUCGUUUGCCUCACUCGAGGAGUCCAACCGUCUGCUCUUCAAACAGGGCGGCGACGAGGAUCAUGUCGUCGUCACCGAACAGACCAUUUUUCAUCCGCAAGGGGGCGGCCAGCCUUCGGAUGUCGGCGAGAUAACCAACUCGUCCGGCGUCUCCUUCGUUGUGGCGUCGGCGCGCAUGGAUACCGUGCACGAUGGUCAGGUGCUGCAUUUCGGUCGCUUCAAUCAACCCCCGUCGUCUCCGACCCCUCGGUUCUCCGAAGGCGAGACCGUCCAGCAAGCAAUUGACGUGGAGAAGCGCAUACUCUACUCGCGCUUUCACACCGCGGGGCAUGUUCUCGGCUCAGCGGUCCGGCAGCUUCUGGAGAAGGAAGUGGCAGACUUUGACGAGUUGAAGGCGUCGCAUUUCCCCGACUCCGCCUCGUGUGAGUUCCAGGGCCUCAUCGAGGGCAAAUGGAAGGAAUCAAUUCAGAAGAAGGUGGACGAGUUUGUCGCGGCCAAGAUGCCGGUGCAAAUUGAGUGGUGGGAUGAAGACGAUUUCCGGGCGCGGGGCUUGGAAAAGUUGAUUCCGGAUCGCAGUCUUGUGCCAGCCGGCGAAAAGUCGCGCGUGGUGAACAUCGUGGGCGCCGAGGUGUAUCCCUGUGGAGGCACGCAUGUCGACACCACCGAUCUCUGUGACCCUACGACGGUAAAGAAGAUCUCGAGGAGUAAGGGGACAUCAAGGGUGAGCUACACGGUCACAUGAGGAGUCGGCCAGGAAUUUGGAAGUACAUACCUACAUAAAGAACCCAGUACAUACAUACAUACGGAGUACAUAUCCAAUAGAGCACAGGUAGAAAAAAU